GCGGGGCGGCAGGGCGGGGCCGGCGGGUGUGCGGCGGUGCGCGGGGAGGUGAGCGGCCCCCGCGGCCGAGGGCGCGGUCCCCCGGUGGCCCCAUCGCCGGCGCCGCUCCGGGGGGACCGGACGCCUCAGCGGGGAGCGCUCAAGACCCUGUGACCCAUCUUCAUCCCUGUGACACAAACCUCUAUUCCUGUCAUACCUGAGAGGAAGCUGCAGCACAGAGAGAUUAAAACCAAGACUCAGAAAAGCCAGCAGCCUCAAGAUUGCGCCUGACACCAUGUUCUGCAUCUCAGAGGCGUUGGCCACCGCAGCACCUAUCAGAGACCAGCUUGGAAAUGCUGGCUUAGGAGAGAAACAAAUGUGUUCUCCUUAUUCCCAGACCCAGCAAAGCCCAGUACAGAGCAGCCCUGGCUCUGUGAGAAGCUUUGUUGGUGCAGGCAAUGGAAGAAUGCCAGCUCACAGCAGCUGAGGAUCUGGUUCCUCUUCUGUUCUGUUCGUGCAUGGACCAUGCUGAAACCUGCCAGUGAUAGGUAGUAGCUAUCCCUGGCCCUAGAGCAGCUAUCAGAGAAUUGGAGUGUGCCCAGCCUAAAGAUCAAACUCCCAGCCCCAGAAUGACAACUGGGAAAACAAGGUGGUGGGGAAGAUCAUCCAGGCCCAGCAUUGUCAGCUGUGGGCCCUGGGCCAUACUUGCACUCAGCCUCCCCAUCUGGCCCUCUGCACCUGGACCAGAAGGGGAUCAGGAACAGAAAUACCCUCAUCUGGACCAGGAAUUGGUUGUCUAAGCCAUGUCAGAAACCUUUCAUACAGGACUGCUUGUAGUGCUAGGUCUCUGGGCUUGGGAACACUUCAGUAUGGACAGGACCCUGAGAGCAUGAACGAGAGCCCCUGUUCCCACUGGACCAGAUUUUCAGCUGGCUAAUUUUAACCUAGCCUAACUCUAUUCAGAGGAACAGUGCACAGCAGCACGGUGCAUAGUCCCUACAAAAAGGCUUGGUAUCAGCUUCAACAUCCAAGUUCAGUGGUUUUCCAAAACUGACACUGCAUUGAGAUGAAGACCUAACCCAUUUUGUUUCCAAAAUUGAGGAGCUGUUUGAGAUCUAGAGCCAUGCUUUGCAAAGCUCUUGUGCAUGCUUCACUGCUUUCACUUAGGCUCUUUGUCACUUUUUGUUUACUUGGUGUUGGCUUUUUUAAAAUGUGAAUUAUUGUAAUGGAGAAUUUUCCUGAAUAGCAUGAAGAGAUGAGUCUCUCUGAGCAGCUGCUUGGUCUGCCCAAUACCUGCUCAACAACUCCUUCCCUUUCCCUGCUGGGCUGUAGCUGCUACUACUGUUGUGGCACUCAGAUUUCAAAUUUGCUGUCUUUGUGCCAAAGCAUGCCCUACAGCUGAGCUCCAUUGUGGUCAGUAAUGGCUGGGGAAACCCAGGUGCCACAUGGUUUAAACUAGGCAUCCACAGUUUGGUGGUCAGUGAAGGACACGGUCCCUUUCAGCUGCAAUGAACUCAUGUGUCGGCAUGAUGUUAGGCGGGACCAGGCCAGAACUGCUAUCUUCACAUUUCUCUAGAAACUCAUAGGAGAUUGAUAGAUCUCACUAUCUCCCAGGCACUUCAAAAUCCCCCAGCAACUCCUGCUUCAUGGAGUUGUUCACAAGAAGCUGCAUGUCUGGCAGAAACCAUAGGUGUGGUUCGUAUGAAGAAAAACCAUCAGCGAUGAUGGUAGAGGAUAGGUCUCGCAAGAGGGUCCUUAAUACAAAGGGCAGCUCUCUGCUUCUGUAGCUGAUGGGUGAGGACAACAGCUUGGUAAAAGAAGCUACCAAGAGCUGGCAGGAUGAGUUACAGCUCACCCUCUGUGCAUGACUUGUAUCACAGCACCACCACCACGGCCAAGCCAGACCCAGGAACAACUCUGGAUGUGACUGCGCCAGAAUCAGCUACCAUAAGCACUGAGACUACCAGUUUCAACAGCACCAAAAUCCCAGAUGUGGCCAGCACUGGACACAGCAUGAGCACAAUGCUGUUGUCCUUUGGGAUCAUUACUGUGAUUGGGUUGGCUGUAGCUAUGGUUCUGUAUAUCAGGAAGAGGAAGAGGUUGGAGAAGCUACGGCACCAGCUCAUGCCCAUGUACAACUUUGAUCCCACCGAGGAACAGGAUGAACUGGAGCAGGAGCUGCUGGAACAUGGGCGAGAUGCAGCAUCUUCUCAGGCACUGCAGAGCAAGAUGUUGCCAAUGCCAUCAAUGCUUGAACAGUACCUGCCCCUGCUCUGGGAUCGUGGUGAGACUGGGGAGGAUGAAGCCAACAAACCAGUGACUUCCUGCAAGCAUGGCCAAUCCACUGAGCCCAGCUGGUCACCCUGUUGCUUUGUGUUACAAAUGGGCAGGAGCACUGGGAACUGUUGUCACUUUGGGAAGCAAAGUGUUUGUGAUGGCAGUAGUGAUUUUUUGGUGCAUGUGUUACCACUGAAAGGUCAUGAGCUGCAGUUUCUGGGUUACUGCUGAUGAUACCAUCUACCAAGCUGCAUGCUUAGGAACAGUGCCUCUUUGUUGUAGAUUAACUUGUCAGAGCAUGUGUGCACACCCUCUGGAUCAGGGAAGGAGAGGUGCAUGUUUCAGAGAGCUUCCCCAUUGGCUUUGUGCCACCAGACCCCAAGGAAAGCAAUGAAUGAGCCUUUCUGUACAGCAACCACAGCCUUGGCAGACCCUGGGCAGGGGUGACUGGCAGCAAAGUCCCUUUAAGCAAGGAGAGCUAACUUCCUUAGCUGAGUGGUAAUAUGGGGCAUGCCAGGGAAAGCACAGACCAUGGGCUAUCCCCCUUGUGGCAUGUGGGCUGAUGAUAUAUGUGCACCUGAGGUGAUGUUGAAGUGUAGGCAAUUCACUAGCUUUGAGAAUUGAAACGGUGAACAUUUGACUGAUUACAUCUUAACUGGGGAAGUGGUUGAAUAUCCCAAAUUAGGGCUGCUGUGUAGGCAGAGGGGAAUUCACACAGCUAGAGGCAGGGGGUGUCCAUGUCUGGCUAAGUGACUCUUAGCUACUGAGCUAUUAAUGGUGCUUGCACCACAGAGAGAGGUCGAGCAGAAAUGGGGUUCUGAUACUAUGUAUCCCCCUGCUGCUUUGGCUCAGGGCAGUUUCUCCAGUGCAGAGUGUUAUCCAGAAAAAAAAUUAAGGCUUGAAGUAUUUUCUUUUAAAUAAGGAAAAGCAUGUAUUGGCUCAACACUACAACAGCCCCAUGUCUACCCCCAGACAUGCCUGAACAGCUUGUUCGUACUUCCUUACCUGCCAGACCUGCAGUUAGAGCCUUCUCUUCUUCCUGCUGAAGGAAACACGGAGCUUUGUGUUAGCCUUUGCUCACGUUACCUACUAAUGCAGAAGGUGGGACUAGACAGGUAAGCCAGGAGUUUCCCUGUAACCCUGAAGCAUCCCUCUGCCUGUGCAUCCUUCAGGGCUGCAGGAGGGAGAAGGUGCGAAGGGGUCUCUGGACACCUUGCUGGGCUGUAGUGCAGCAUGGUGGCUGUCCUCUGCAGAGCCUUUUGUUGGUUGCCAGCACAGUGGCCAGGGGCCAGCAGCAGAGCCUGCAUGCAAGCAUCAGUGCCCAGCCAUGCACUGAUCACCUCCUGAUUUUUUUGCAGUGCGUGCACUUGUCAGUGGGAUCAUAUUCUAUCCACAGCACCAGUCAAAAGGGCAUCAGGGCAAGCCAAAAACUGAAUGCAGACCUAAAGGUAGGCUUUAUGCAAGGAGAUGUUUCACUGAGUGGCAAUUCAUGUAUAAUGUGCUUUGUUGCAAGUUUGGACUUGCCAGUUAGUUUUUGUUCUCCCAAAUCUUUUUUUUUUUUCCUUCCCCACUGUGAUUUUUUUUUUCCCUCAUAUUCAUCAAAUACAGACUCUUUCCUGGGCAUGUGCCACUGACCCCUGCAGUGCACAGUUCCUUACCAGCCCUCCCUCCUGCACUGACACAGCUACCCUCAUGGGAGUUUUGCAGGGCUAAGUUGCUUUAAUUUUUCAGUAUCCCUCUUUCUUUUUAAAGCCAGGGCAUUUUGGGAGGGUAUUAGGGCUAGCUGUGCCAUCACCUGUGGAAAACAGCCCAUCCUCCACACCCAGGAGAUCUGGCAGGAGGCACUCACAGGCUGGUGGUUACUGCUGGUGUUUGCACUCCAGGGAUACUGUUGGAAGGAAGGUGCGUGGGUACAAAUACUCAGUAUAAUCUGGCUUAGGUCCUUAGAACUUGGGCACUGUCUGUGGGUCUUCCAGAGGUUAUGCCUACAUGACCAACUGAACUCCCUCCACACACAUGCACACUUACCAUCUCCUCCAGGUGCUCACAGAAGGCAGCCAGUCAUAGAGACAUCAGAUUUGUUCCUUCAACAGCUGGCACGUUGCUGCCUGUCACACUCCUGCGCUCUGCAGCAGGACACGGAUGCAAGCUGCAGCAGGGGUGCACGGCUGUCCUAAAUUGCAAUGUUUCCCCUAGAACGCUUAGGAUUGGCACUUCAUUUGUUGUUUUAAACUUGAUAAAAGGCAAGUGCAAGCUGAGCUGUUUCCUCAAACCAACAGCCUACUUUGUGCUCUUUACCCAGCUCCAUGUGCUGCACAGGCAGCUGCCAAGCAGUACAUCUGCCAGCUCAGGUGCAAAAACAUGUCCCCUGUUCCAUGUUAAUGCUGAGAUAUAUCUUAUAUAGCAAACACCUACAGAGGAAUUCUCUUUAACCAUUCUUCUUGUAAUGGUAGGCUUUGUCCAGUGAUGACUGGCCUUAGAUUAAAGUACACAUAAGAUGACUAAAAGAAUAUUAUGGGUAUUUGCUGGGCUUGUACUGGAGUAUUCUUUUAGUUCAAUAGCACCUCCUGCCACAGUUCUUGGAAGUAUAUGUACAAUUUAGCAGAAGCAUUAUGAUGUAAUUUAAUUCAAGUGUUUCUGUGUUUUAAGCAUUGAAAUAUAAUUAAACUAUUUACAUGAAA